AUGAGUGACGAAGAAGAUAAAGAGCCACAGCCAUCCGAUUUUAAAAUAUUCGUUAACAAUCGUGAUUCGUAUGUUGGAUCUGCUGUAACUGCCUAUUUAACAAAGAAAGGCUUCGUAGUCUACGGAAAUGGCAAAAAUGAGAAUCUCGUUAACAUUAAGGAUUUAAAUGUUGAUGAUAAGGAGCAGGUUAAAACAAUACUCAGCGAAAAUAUGUUAGUCUUCGAUAUGACUGAAGAAACAGAAUCAACAAAAUUCGCUCUUGAUUUUAUCGCAAAUGCUACAUUAAACAGAGAAAUAAAUCUCGUUAUUUUCUCACCACUCCUUUGCUGGGGAGGCAGAUCUCUUAAGAAUCCAGAAGAGGAAGAAGAGAAGAAAGAAGAUGAACCAGAGGAUAAGCCUGAGGAAACAGAAGAAAAGCACGAAGAGGAAGAAGAAACAGAAAAAGAACCAUUCACACCAGUGAAUGAGGAAGAUUACCUUAAAAGAAUUCCACAUGAACUUGUCAAGGAGCAAUACAUUCUUGAAUCACGUGCAAUUCAGCUCGGUCAUGAACUUGAACGUCUUAAAGUUACAAUUUUCGGUGUUGGUCUUCUCUACGGCCGCGGAGAAAAUAUAUUAAAUCCAUUCUUCCGCGCAUUAUGGGAAGGAAAGAUGAAUGAGUUCCCUGUUACAAAGAGCCAUAUCUCUUGCAUCCAUGUAAUGAAUCUUGGCGUAGCUAUUUCGAAAUUAUUACUUGAGCCACCUGAGGAAGAUUCAGAUGAUCCAAAGGCCAAGCUAUUACCUAAAUACCACAUCCUUGGUGAAGAAAACUGCCCAACAUUCAAGGCAAUCGGUAAAGCCUUUUCAAAAGUUCUUGCAAAUGGAAAAGUUCGUGAAUUCAAUGAGGACAUCCCUGAGCUUCACAAAGGUAUUCUCAAUACAGAACUUGCAGCAGAAAGUACUUUCCUUGGCGAAUCCGAAGAUAUCGUUUGCCAAGCAGGUAUUAUUGAAAGUGCUGCUAAAGUUGUUGAUGAAUUCCGAUCCAAAUACGGUCUUACUCCAUUAAAAGUCCUCGUUAUUGGUCCUCCAGGUUCAGGAUAUCCAGAAGUUUGCCACAAGAUCUCAGAAAGGAUGAAAUUACCAUUUAUUGAUCCUCUUGAGCUUGUUGGAGCAGCUACCAAAGAGCAGGGCGAAUUUGGUGACGAAAUCAGAGGAAUGAUGGAAGAAAACGAAGGAGCGAUCAAUGACGAGAUCAUUUGCAAAGUUGCCCACAGGAGAAUGGCUGCACGCGAUUGCAGGAACUACGGAUGGGCAAUCAGUGGUUUUGCAGACACAUUUGCAAAAGCCGGAGAAAUUUUCGACCACGGUGAAGAAGAAGAAGCAAGUCCACACUUCGAGCACAUUCCUACCCAUGUUGUCGUAUUAACAGCCGACGACAAAGUCCUUGAAAAGCACCAGGCAGUGAACAGUGAUGAUUCAGAAUCAUUCAAGAAAGCUCUUAGGAAAUACAGGAAGGCAAAUGAAGCCGAAGAAGAUGUCUUCAAGUUCUUCGAUGACAGAUCUAUCUCCAGUAUCAUUGUCCCUGCUUUCCAUCCAAAUAAUCUCGAUGAAAUCUUCAAGUUCCUCGGUGAACCUCAUUUCUUUGGUCGGCCACAGGAAGAAAUUGACGCCGAAAUUGCUGAAGCAGAGAGGAUUGAGAAGGAAAAGAAGGAAGUCGAGGCGAAGGCCAAAGAAGAGCAGUUAGUCUCUGAAGAAAGGAACUGGGAGAAUGGUGAGGCUAUCCAUGACAUCGCAGUCAAGAGAAUGGAAGAAGAAGAUAAUAAAUUUUUAGGUGAAAAAUCAGCUCUUCUUCAGAAAUAUUUGGAUGAUGAAGUUAUGCAGCACGUCUUGGCUGGUAUUGUUCAGGUUUGCAAGGAUAUGCCAGAAGAUCCUGUAGAUGCCCUCGCUGAGUUCUUAUUCGCUGAAAACAGAAGAAUGAAACAUUGA